UGUGACCGCGAGACGCUGCGAGAUUUGCAGCGGUCAGAGUGAGCCCACACAACAGAGCGAGCAGCCACAGAGGAGAGCUGCUGGAUUUCAGAGACAAAGAGAGGAAUGGAGGACCAGGCCUCCGACCAGAACCCGGAGCAGCGGAGCAACAAGGUCCCCAGAAGACAAGCAGCAGGCUCGGACUCUGAUACCACCGAUGUUCAGAAAAGGAGAGGAAGAGAGGGACUCAAAUGUCACCACUGUCAGCACUGUGACAAAUCCUUCACAACAUCAACAUAUUUGAAGAUUCAUCAGAGAGUUCACACUGGAGAGAAUCUGCACAGCUGUGAUCAAUGUGGGGCAGCUUUCACACAACAGAGUUACCUUAAAUCUCACCAACGCAUUCACACUGGAGAGAAUCUACAUAGCUGUGAUCAAUGUGGGGCAGCUUUCACACAACAGUGUCACCUUAAAUCUCACAAACGCAUUCACACUGGAGAGAAGCCGCACAGCUGUGAUCAAUGUGGGGCAGCUUUUACACUAAAGUGUCACCUUAAAUGUCACCAACGCAUUCACACUGGAGAGAAGCCGUACAGCUGUGAUCAAUGUGGAAAAGCUUUCACACAACAGUGUCAUCUUGAAGCUCACAAACGCAUUCACACUGGAGAGAAGCCGUACAGCUGUGAUCAAUGUGGAAAAGCUUUCACACAACAGUGUCAUCUUGAAGCUCACCAACGCAUUCACACUGGAGAGAAGCCGUACAGCUGUGAUCAUUGUGGAAAAGCUUUUUCUAAGAGGGGUGACCUUAAAUGUCACCAACGCAUUCACACUGGAGAGAAGCCGUACAGCUGUGAUCAAUGUGGAAAAGCUUUUUCUAAGAGGGGUGACCUUAAAUGUCACCAACGCAUUCACACUGGAGAGAAGCCGUACAGCUGUGAACAAUGUGGGAAAACCUUUUCUAAGAGUGGUACCCUUCAAUGUCACCAACGCAUUCACACUGGAGAGAAGCCGUACAGCUGUGAUCAAUGUGGGAAAGCUUUUUUUCAGAGUGGUAACCUAAAAGUCCACCAGCGAGUUCACACUGGAGAGAAGCCGUACUGGUGUGAACAAUGUGGGAAAACUUUUUCUCAGAGUUGUAGCCUUAAAUCUCACCAGCGCAUUCACACUGCCUCAUUGUGAACAUGUUUCAGAGCCAAGUUGUUUCCCUCUGCCUCCUCCUCAUACCCUGAUAGCUGUGUUGUUAUAUUCUGAUCUUCUCUCCACAUUGAAGGCUGACCAGCAGUAACUUUAUCUUCUGAACAGCAUGUUUGUUAUCGUGGCUACGACUACAUAUUACGCUUUCUCCCUUUGAAGAGAUAGUCCUGUUAGAAGUCUGUCAGAAGCUGUUUCUCCUGAUUCAGUUUGUUUUAAUGAAGACUAAGUGAGAAUGAUUAAUUACAAAUGUGUUCCCAUUAUUGUUUUUGUUUGCCUCAUACAUAGUCUCUCCAAUAGGGAGUAUUAUUGGUCCCUGCUACUAAAAGUACUCAAACUCGUGGCUUGUUGCCUAUUUUCCAUAUAUCAUGCAACCAGUCUUGUAUAAAGUAAUAUCUAGAAUAUUACUGGAGUAAAAGUCUUAAAGUAUAUGAAAUUUACUUUACCGUAUUUUCCACACUAUAAGGCGCACCGGAUUAUAAGGCGCACCUUCAAUGAAUGGCCUAUUUUAGAACCGUUUUCAUAUAUAGGGUGCAUCGGACUAUAAGGCGCAUAGAAUAGAAGAUACUGCAGUCAAACGUUUGACUGGGGAUGCGUUAUGCAUCCACUAGAUGGAGCUGUGCUAAAGGGAAUGUCAACAAAAAUGUCAGAUAAAGUCAAACUUUAUUAAGCAUUCUGACAACUCCAUUCACUCCCUCCUUAUAGCAUUUAAAUCUAAGCGGUCCAAGAAAAUGGCGAUCGUCUCAACGUGGUCCCUGACAUGUUGUCAUCGGCUUGUCCGCUUCCAUUGGCCAUAUCAGAGGCAAACCUGAACGGAUUGGCUAAUAUGAGCUACCAAUCGAAAGCUUAGAA